AUGCCUCUGUCACAGUUGAAUGAUUGGCUGACAAAGAAUGACAGCUCGACGGCGGAGGUCGCUCAGGAACCUGCUAAUGGCGACGGAGCUCCUAAUUCCUCGGUCGAGCAAGAUUCUUACCUGCAGGAGGAUCACAGCGAGGAGGACGAAGAGGAGGAUGGGGUACCCAACGAAUGCAAGAAGAAGAAGUCCACCCAGUCGGAGCCUCCCCGAGUCGGUCUGACCAAAUUGUUUAAAGACCGAAUUUACCCCGUCGGUCAAGAGGUGGAUUAUGUCGGAACGUCCAGGAUGAGCUCUGCAGAAGCUCGAGAGCGAGAAAGACUGGCUCAGGAGGAUCCUUCCACGAAUUAUCAGAACAUACGGAGAGCCGCUGAAGUUCAUCGUCAAGUGCGCAGCUACGCCAGGAAGAACAUCAAGCCUGGUAUGAGCAUGACUGAUAUUGCCAACAUGAUCGAGGAUGGAACUCGGGCGCUCGUGGAGGAGAAUGGGCUUGAAAGCGGAAUCGGGUUCCCAACUGGACUGAGCGUCAAUGAAGUCGCGGCCCACUAUACCCCAAAUGCGGGGGACACAAAAGUCUUGAGGGACACGGACGUCAUCAAGGUUGAUUUUGGUGUCCAUGUUAACGGCAGAAUCGUCGACUCGGCGUUUACUCUUAACUUCGAACCCACUUGGGAUCGCCUGUUGGAAGCAGUACAAGAUGCCACCAAUGCCGGGAUCAAGACAGCUGGCAUUGAUGUCAGAAUGUGUGACAUAGGGGAAGUGGUGCAAGAAGUGAUGGAAUCAUACGAGGUCGAAGUGCGAGGCAAAACACACCAAGUCAAAUCAAUCGCAAACCUGAGCGGACAUUCUAUCGCGCCUUACUGUAUUCACGGAGGCAAAAGCGUACCUAUCGUGAAGCAAUUUGGAUCUGAUCAAGAUAAUGAAAAAAUGGAGGAGGGUGAAUACUAUGCUAUAGAGACAUUCGGCAGUACAGGUCGGGGACGAGUCAUCGAGGAAGGAGCGUGUUCGCAUUAUGCGCUAUCCAGAGAGCAGCCUGAGAGAUAUACCCUACAUCAUCAAUCUGCCCGGUCCCUGCUCAAGUCAAUCGAACGUAACUUUGGCACUCUGCCUUUUUGCCGACGAUACCUUGAUCACGUAGGAGAGAAGAAUUAUCUCUUGGCCCUGAACACGCUGGUGAAGGAAAAUUUAGUGACAGACUACCCUCCGUUGGUCGAUCCUCAGCCUGGGGCAAUGACUGCCCAAUAUGAACAUACCAUUCUUUUACGACCAACAUGCAAAGAGGUCGUCUCCCGAGGAGAUGACUACUAG